CAAAGAUGGAGUCAUAUUCUCACGAUAGAAGACACAAACAUAAGAAAAAGCAUAAAAAGCACAAAGACAGGCUACAUUCAGACAAAGAAAAACAUAGAGAGGGUGAAUACGGAUACAAGAGAAACAAUGAAGAUGAAAACAACUCUAAAAGAGAUGCCGAAUAUGUUAGAGAACAGUCUUCAUCUUAUAAAUAUAAAGACAGAGAAACAAAGGCUGAAGAGGAGAGUGUUGAUUUUGAUUUCAGUUUUCAUGACUACAGAUCAUCUCUGAACAAGAUAUUUUUUAGAGAGGACAGCUUCUUAAAAAGAGGAACUAAAGAUUAUGAUGAUUUCUGGAUCUUUUUGAAAAGAUAUCAAGAUUUCCAGAGGAAGAAAAAUGAAUCAGGCAAAGGUUCAGAUAAAAGGGUUGAAGAUUGUAAGGAAGGGAAGUUUGGACUUCCACUUCAUUAUGACAAGAGGUACCGAGUUAAUAUUGGGAUUAUCAGCAAAAACGUGGACGAUUUUUUACGAAGAGGGAGACUUGCUGAUUGUGAAAUUGAGAGAGAAUUGACCAUAGAGAGAGUAAGGCAGUUCAAACACAUCUUAUUAUACUACCUGGACUUUCUACAGAAGCAAAAGUUCAACAAACUGAAGAAGAUCCGGACAGAUCAGGAGAAUCUGCCAAUUUUCCAGUAUAAACAAAUGAUUCUCGACAAACUUCAACAAAAUCAAAUUGUUGUGGUGGCAGGAGAUACAGGAUGUGGAAAAUCAACACAGGUUCCUCAAUACUUGUUAGCAGCAGGAUACACAGGAAUAGCAUGUACCCAACCCAGACGUAUUGCCUGUAUAUCUCUGUCCAAAAGAGUUGGUUAUGAGACAUUGAAUGAAUAUGGGUCUGAAGUGGCUUAUCAGGUUAGAUUUGAAAAGACAAAAACAAGAUUUACCCGGAUUUUGUUUCUGACAGAAGGACUUUUACUUCGACAGAUGACCACUGACCCACUUUUGAACCAGUAUAAUGUGAUUGUAAUUGACGAGGUUCAUGAGCGUCACAUCCACACGGACUUCCUGCUUGGAGUGAUGAAAUGCCUGCUACAACAUAGAAAAGAUCUAAAGCUGGUGUUAAUGUCGGCUACUAUCAACAUAAACCUCUUCAGCAGCUACUUUGAUGGAGCCCCUGUCGUCAAGGUUCCAGGAAGACUGUAUCCCAUUCAUCUGGAGUAUAUUCCUAUCAGAAAAGAGGAAUUAGGAUCCAAAUCAGAAAGACUGGAUGCAUCUCCCUACCUCCGCUUAAUGCAGACAAUUGACACCAAGUAUCCUAUCACUGAGCGAGGGGAUCUGUUGAUUUUCUUGAGUGGGAUGUCUGAGAUAAUGACAGUGGUAGAAGCUGCCAAGAUGUAUGCCCAGAACACAAGGAGGUGGAUCGUACUUCCAUUACACGGGGCUCUCUCUGUAGAUGAACAAGACAAGGUGUUUGAUUUUCCACCAGAGGGUGUCAGGAAGUGUAUUGUAUCCACCAACAUAGCAGAGACGUCUGUGACGAUUGAUGGAGUUCGCUUCAUCAUUGACUCUGGAAAGGUGAAGGAAAUGACCUUUGACCCUAAGUAUAAAAUGCAGAGACUGCAGGAAUUUUGGAUCAGUCAGGCCAGUGCCGAGCAGAGAAAGGGCAGAGCAGGUAGGACAGGUCCUGGAGUGUGUUACAGAUUGUAUGAGGAGUCAGACUUUCAUUCCUUCCAGGAGUAUGCCACUCCAGAGAUACAGAGGGUGCCCUUAGACUCACUGAUCUUACAAAUGAUAUCCAUGGGGCUCCCAGAUGUCAGAAAAUUUCCUUUUCUGGAGGAGCCAGAGAUGAGUAGCAUAGAAAAUGCUGUCCACUUCCUGAAAGAACAGAGUGCUCUAACUGAAGAUGAAAAGUUAACCCCAAUUGGUCAGAUGUUGUCACGGUUACCAGUAGAUGUCAUUAUUGGAAAGAUGCUUAUAAUGGGAUCAAUAUUUCAUAUGAUAGAUCCUGUGUUGUCCAUAGCAGCAGCCAUGAGUGUUCAGUCACCAUUCACCAGUAAAGCUCAUACGGAUUAUGAUGCUGUGUCUACAAGAAAACCACUAGAAUCAGAUCAUGGAGACCCCUUCACAUUACUGAAUGCAUUUGAUGAAUGGAUACAAGUGAAAGGAAAGGGUCAGGAUACCAGGAAAUGGUGUAGAAGACGAGGUUUGGAAGAACAGCGAUUUUAUGAAAUGACUAAACUGAAGGGACAGUUCAAAGAACUUCUACAGGACCAUAAUUUAUUGGUGAGGACUGAAGAUAAGGAAGCUUUUACAACUAGCGACGAGAGACGUCGUCACCAUGGCGACAGGAAACGAUUAGGGCAGCUGAAGAAGGAGAAGAACAGAGAAGCCAAGAAAAGGAAGAUCCUUAAGCUAGAGGAUGAUGAUUUUGUCAUCAGUGAUGAUGAGAAGGAAGAUGAAGGAGAUGACAUCAAGGACCUGGAAUUCCGACUCUCUCACAAUCUCUCCAAGUUACAGGAAACCUCCAACAAGAACAGAAGUUUUACCUUGGGAGAAAUCAAUUUGCUGAAGAUUAUUUUGUGUAGUGGGCUAUAUCCACAGGUCGCCAUAGCAGACGAAAAUAACCCCCAUAAAUCUGAAUCCGAGCAGGCUUUUCAUACCAAGACAAAACCUUUCCUACUGCUUCACCCUACCUGUGUAUUUGCAUGUCAGCCCGAGCUUCUGAGGUCUACAGAGGUGAAACACGAUCCCCAGUGUCCAUCAGAACUACGGGGAAAACUCAGUUAUCAUCAUCAGCUGUUAGCUUAUGUAUCUCUCCUGGAGACAAACAAGCCGUACCUGAUUAACACAAUGAGAGUGCCGGCCCUACAGACAGUCACCAUGUUCUCCAACUUCAUUGACACAGAUGCCUCAUGCAUGAGACUAGUAUGUGAUGGUUGGCUGGAGAUAAAGUUUGCUGAUGAGGAAUCGGCAUCAAACACUCUGUCCAGUGUAAUACAGCUCCGAGCCACAUGGCAGAACUUACUGAAGCUUAGACUGGAAGACACGAUGAAAAGUCUGGAUGAGGACAGAAAGAUAAAUCCCCGAGCUCGACAGCUUGAGAGGCUUCUGGCUAAGAAACUGACCGAGUACCUGUCCAGUGAUGUCUGUUACGCAAUCCGUCGUGUGAUGGCUGCUGAGCAGAGCCGCCUAUACCGGGGGCCAGACAGAGAUUGUGCAGGGAACAGUGAAAUACUGACAGGUGUACUGAAAUCCAGCUCCGAGGGGAGAACUCAUCCAGUAAAAGGAGGAGUUCAGAUCAAUAAUUACCUUGUCUAUAACUGUUUGCUAGAGGAGUCUGAAGCCAGUGUGUGGGGUGAAUACACCAGUAACAUGCAGAGACACUGGGUCUGUCCUAGAUGCCAAGCUAGUCUCAUAGUGUCUAUUCAAGAGAGACUCGAGCAUGAGAGUGAGUGUCAAAGUCGCAAUCUCGAGCCCACUCAGCAGGAGGAAGCUCAGGAGAUUGAGGAAGAAAAGGAGGCUCAAAUGAAUCCCCUCAGAAAACAUUACUUUUGUGAGAAGUGUGAUAAAACAUUUAGGUUCACCACAACAGAAAUAUUAAAACACAAAAAAUCUCAUGUAACGUGACAAUUUCAGAUAAAUAUUUAUUUUUUCA